UCCGGGAAGGAGGUGUCAUGGCGCUGAUGAUGUUGAAAAAAUCUGAGACAUAAAAUCCAUAUUUUACUAAGAAACAAAAGUCUGUCAGUCGACAUGGACUUUAUUAAAACCCCAAAGACUGCCGAUGAGUUUAAGGAAAUUAUGGUUGAUAAUGUCAAGCUUCUAGAAAGAUACAAUGCACGGAAAUCAACACUUGGAACCCUCUAUCUGACGACAACACAUUUGAUAUUUGUUGACGCCCAAGGCAAGAAAGAGACAUGGGUACUCCAUAUGCACAUGUCUACAAUAGAUAGGUUACCCUUGACAACAGGAGGAUCACCGCUACAGAUAAGAUGUAAAGAUUUUCGUUGUGUGACAUUCGUAAUACCUCGUGAUAGAGACUGCCAGGAUAUCACUGAGUCAUUACAGCAACUAUCACAACCAAGUAAUAUUGAAUCCCUAUAUGCAUUUGACUUUAGUUUGAAUGAUGACAUUCCAAAGUCGUUUGGGUGGCACCUGUAUGAUACAGACACAGAAUAUCUACGUAUGGGUGUACCUAGUACCCAUUGGGCACUCACUAAUAUGAAUAAAAGCUAUGAAAUCUGUGAUACUUAUCCAAGAAAUUUAUAUGUCCCAGCUAGCGCUACAACACCUAUUCUUGUCGGAAGUUCAAAGUUCAGAAGUCGUGGAAGAUUACCAGUAUUAUCAUAUCUUAACAGAUCUAACCAGGCUGCGAUAUGCAGAUGUAGUCAGCCAUUGGCAGGAUUCAGUGCAAGAUGUGUUGAAGAUGAACAAAUGUUACAUGCAAUUCUCAAAGCUAAUCCAAAGUCAAAAUACAUGUAUGUUGUGGACACCCGGCCUAAGAUAAAUGCUAUGGCUAACAAGGCUGCAGGGAAAGGCUUUGAGAAUGAGAAUUAUUAUUCUGAUAUCAAGUUUUAUUUCUGUGGAAUAGAAAAUAUACAUGUGAUGAGGAACAGUCUACAAAAACUUAUAGAUUUAUGUGAGAUGAGAAAUCCAACGAUGAGUUCGUUCCUGACAGGACUUGAGUCGUGUGGGUGGUUAAAACAUAUCAAAUCUGUAUUGGAUACGGCAGUGUUUAUUGCAAAGGCAGUAAGAGAUGGAACAAGUGUAUUGGUCCAUUGUUCUGAUGGAUGGGACAGAACUGCACAAACUUGUUCCUUGUCGGGUCUUAUACUGGAUCCAUACUACAGAACUGUUCAAGGUUUUCAGGCACUGAUAGAGAAGGAAUGGUUAUCUUUUGGUCACAAGUUUACGGAUCGUUGUGGAUUACUUGGUACGGUAGAUUCAAAGGAAGUGUCACCAGUAUUUACACAGUUUAUAGAGAGUGUGUGGCAGCUAAUGCAGCAAUUUCCAUGUGCUUUCCAGUUCAACGACCGUUUCUUGAUCACGAUUCACGACCAUGUUUAUUCCUGUCAGUUUGGUACUUUUGUUGGAAACUGUGAAAAAGAUAGGCUAGAUUUACGGUUAUCUGAGAGAACUUAUUCAUUGUGGGGAUACAUAACCAAGCACAUGUCAGAAUUUUUAAAUCCUUUCUACAAAAAAUCUUAUGAGCAUCAAGAACCUGUGAUAAUGCCUAAUACUAGUCCACAAUGUGUGAAAUUUUGGGCCGGAAUGUAUAAUAGAUAUGAGAAUGGUAUCCAUCCUCGUGAGAAUAUUGUUGAUAUAUUAAGUUCUGCUAGUGACCAUUGUGCUUCCUUAGAAGAUCAUGUUCAGCUCUUAGAAAAGAGAAUAACACAAGUCUGUAAGUUAUUAGGUAAACCAGAUCAGGUGAUUGAAAAGAAAUUAAAUGGCUUCCUGUCUACCGAAUCAUUGGACCAAGUUAGUGAUGACAACAACGACUUACCCUUAAAAAUAAACAAAGAACUUAUCAUCAACGGUGACACGGAUAAACAACAAAGUGACGGGGAAUCGACAGAAAAAGAUAUUAUAAAUAGCAACAAGAAAAGUGACUCGGAGUCAGGGUUUGAUGAAAUGUCUAAAUCAGUUCCUGAGGAUUUGAAUAUUAACAUGACAUUACCAGGUAUAGAUGAUUGUCGGACUAUGGAUUCUAGCAUGACACGCUCGGCAAGCGCUGAGCAGCUUAAUUUGGACUAUUUAGUUUUAGAACUGACAAGUGUUGCUCUGGAUUGGAAGUCCUUCAGAAAUGUACAUAACUGCUCAUGUGCUUCUCCCUUUGACCGCUUUACCAAAAAGUUCCAUUGUUGGAAAUGCGGUGACGUGUUCUGCACACGAUGUAUUGCCAAGAACAUACCAUUACCUGGACAUUAUACCAAACGACCGGUACCAGUUUGUCGACCAUGUUAUAAGGACAUUCGACACUCGCCUUCCAUGGAAUUUUCUCCACCAAUCAACAACACAAGCUAACCACUGUCUUUUGUGAUAUUUUUAGUAACUAGUCUUAACAUACAAAAAAAUAUGAUGUAUAUAAUAUAGUCUAUGAAGUAGAAACAAGCUUUUGAAGAAUCAGUCAUUCCAUAUUUAUAAUCAUAAUUUAUAAAUUAUUUGGUUCAAAUGAAUUUUAUUAAAGGUGUUGAAUUAUCUCCCUUUGUUUACGUUUUGUUAUGAUAUUAUUAAGGUUUUGUUUAAUGACCAAGACAAGUUUGCUCCUAUAUUAUAGAUAAAGACUUUUCAAAGGGUUAUUUAUUCUUUGAAUCUACACUUUUCUUGUCUACAGCAUGGUUUAGUGUGACCUAUUAAGAACAAAAACUUGCCUCGGGUACAUGGAAUUCUUUUUUUUUUUCAUGAGGAUGUCAAAACCAAUAUUUUUAUUGUCAUAUUAUGCAAGCACAUGUUUUCAGAAUAAGUUUUCAGUUUACGUCUCCUUAGGAAUUUUAAAACAAGGUCUAAACUGGAGUUGAAAUUUUUAUCAGUAAAAGAAGUACAUGAUACAUAAAGUUGACUCAUUGGCAAUUAUACCACAUCUUCUUAUUUUUCUAAACCCUUUAAUAAAUACAGUUGUCUUAUUCUAAAUUUGGUGUCAUGUUGAAUUCAAGACUAUCUUCUGCCUUUAGGAUUUGAAUUUAGAAUUAUACAAGGUAUAGCAAAGUCCCAUAAUGAGAUGAUAAAACUUAAGAAUAAGGCUAUAGUUCCUAUGCCAAAUAAACAUCAUCUUCGCUAGCCAAGGGUUACGAUCCACUCCCGCUCUCUUCACCCUUGGUGGAUUGAGCCAACACUUGUGAUAACAAUGAUGCGCCAUCUAUCGGAAGAUAAAAAUCAUGCCAAUACCGAAUACAUUAGUCUUGACCAAUGGUAGCACUUGAACUCUUCAAUUUGGAGGUAAAAACA